AAGCUUUCAUAUGUUGUCCAUCCUCUCAGCUUCUGAUGUGGGGGAAAAACAGAGUGAGAUUUCUCCUGCACGUUACAACAGAUCUGUCACCACCUGACGGUCAUGGGGAAACGCACUGAGGAACAACGAGUGUGUGACUAACAUCACGCCGGGUCCACUUCCAGCAGCUGGUGCUGCCGUGCCGGCUGCGUCGCCAGUCAGAGGCAGAGGACCCGACCAUCUGAGGCGGAGUGGGGGUAGUCAGCUAAGCUGCUUACAGCCCGGCCAGCAGGCCCACGGUUGAGCUGAUGCGAAGAAAGGACGGCUUCAUCACGGCACACAAACAUGGCAUGUAAACAGAGGCGUUGUUCGGUACUGCUGGCAUCGACAUAAGUGGAUCAGACCUCCUGAAGGAAUGUUCACCCUCACAGAAGUAGCCUCGCUGAAUGACAUCCAGCCAACCUAUCGAAUACUGAAACCAUGGUGGGAUGUCUUCAUGGAUUAUCUUGGUAUUGUCAUGUUGAUGUUGGCCAUAUUUUCUGGGACGAUGCAGUUGACUAAGGACCAAGUGGUUUGUCUUCCCAUUCUGGAACAAACUCCAGAGGGGACUGGGGGCUUCUUAAGGCCCCAACCACCAGAGACAGCUGAUAGCUUAUGGAACAAAGAAAGUGCCAUUGGAGAGCAAGCCGCUCCUUUAAUGGCAAGAAGGCCUCCUGAUAGCAUUGCCCCUACAAUUCCCUUCACACAGUCGGGUACUUUUGGGCAGCCUCAGCCUACAGGUGUCAGGACAAAGCUGGAUUUUCAGCAGUAUGUUUUCGUCAACCAGAUGUGCUACCAUGUUGCCCUGCCUUGGUAUUCAAAGUAUUUCCCAUACCUCGCUCUCAUCCACACUAUUGUAUUAAUGGUCAGUAGCAACUUCUGGUUCAAGUACCCAAAGACAAGCUCCAAAAUAGAACAUUUUGUUUCCAUACUGGGAAAAUGUUUCGAAUCGCCUUGGACUACCAAAGCGCUGUCAGAGACUGCCUGCGAGGACUCGGAGGAGAACAAGCAGAGACUGGCGGGUGCAUCCUCCCUCCUGAAGCAUCUGUCCACAAGCAGCGAGGAGGGGAGUCCAAACCAGUCCGCCCCAAUGCUGACUAAAUCUGGGGUCACAUUUUCAGCUGAAAAGCUGGUUAGUGAAGUUCCCGCCAUGACCAUACUGGACAAAAAAGAUGGCGAGCAAGCAAAAGCCCUGUUCGAAAAAGUCCGGAAAUUUCGUGCCCAUGUGGAAGACAGUGACUUGAUUUACAGGCUGUAUGCCAUUCAGACAGUUAUCAAAACAGUCAAAUUCAUUUUGAUCCUGUGCUACACCAUGACAUUUGUCGCCUCUAUAGAUUUUGACCACGUGUGUGAGCCUGAAAUAAAGCACUUGACUGGAUACACCAAGUUCCAUUGUACACACAACAUGGCGUUCAUGUUAAAGAAACUCCUUGUUAGUUAUAUUGCUCUCAUAUGUGCUUACGGUGUAAUUUGCAUAUACACACUGUUCUGGCUUUUUCGGCGACCACUAAAAGAGUAUUCCUUUGAGAAAGUCAGAGAGGAGAGCAGCUUCAGUGACAUUCCGGAUGUUAAGAAUGACUUUGCGUUCCUCCUCCACAUGGUCGAUCAGUACGACCAGCUUUACUCAAAGCGUUUUGGUGUUUUUCUCUCUGAGGUGAGUGAGAACAAACUACGGGAGAUUAGCCUGAACCAUGAGUGGACCUUUGAGAAGUUGCGGCAGCAUGUGACGCGCAAUCCUCAAGACAAGUUGGAACUCCAUCUUUUUAUGCUUUCUGGAGUGCCAGAUGCUGUGUUUGAUCUCACCGAUUUGGAAAUCCUCAAACUAGAAUUAAUCCCAGAGGCCAGGAUAACAGCUAAGAUCUCACAGAUGAUAAACCUCCAGGAGUUGCACUUCUAUCACUGUCCAGCCAAAGUUGAACAGACUGCUUUCAUUUUUCUUCGCGAUCACCUCCGGUGCCUUCAUGUCAAAUUCACAGAUGUCGCUGAGAUUCCUAGCUGGGUAUACUUGUUGAAAAAUUUAAGUGAACUAUACCUGAUUGGUAACCUGAACUCAGAAAACAACAAAAUGAUUGGACUCGAGUCUCUGCGAGAUCUCAGGCACCUAAAAAUUCUGCAUCUCAAAAGCAACCUCACAAAGAUCCCAACGAACAUAACGGAUCUUUCUCCGCAUCUGAUCAAGCUGGUGAUUCAUAAUGAUGGUACAAAGCUCUUAGUGCUGAACAGUUUGAAGAAAAUACUGAAUCUCGCUGAACUGGAGCUUCUUAACUGUGAGCUGGAGCGAAUCCCCCAUGCUAUCUUCAGUUUGACCAACCUUCAGGAGCUGGAUCUAAAAUCCAACAACAUCCGUACCAUCGAGGAGAUCAUCAGCUUUCAGCACCUCAAGAGACUGACGUGCCUCAAACUUUGGCACAAUAAGAUCAUCACCAUUCCACUGUCAAUAAGCCAUGUUAAAAACCUCGAGUCGCUCUAUCUCUCACACAACAAGCUUGAAUCACUACCCUCAUCAUUAUUCACCCUUCUCAAAUUGAGGUACCUCGAUGUUAGCCACAACUCCAUAGUGGUAAUACCUCUGGAGGUUGGCUUUCUGCAGAACCUCCAACAUUUUGCCAUAAAUGGCAACAAAGUCGAAGUAGUUCCCAAGCAACUGUUCAAGUGCAACAAACUGAGGACCUUAUGUCUCGGCCACAACUGUAUCUCCUCCAUCCCAGAGAAGAUUGGCCAACUCUUGCAGCUGACACAUCUGGAACUGAAGGGAAACUGUCUGGAUCGUCUCCCGGCUCAGCUCGGUCAGUGCAGCCUCCUGCGCAGGAGCUGCCUGAUUGUGGAGGAUCAUCUCUUUGACUCGCUCCCCAUGGAGGUCAAAGAGGGCAUCAAUCAGGAAUCUAGUGUUUCUUUUCCCAAUGGGUGUAAGUGUCUAAGUGAUGGACGGUAGUCACACCCUAUGUGGCAUCAAACGUCUGCCAUUUCACCUUAGGUGUGUAGAAGUCUUUUUUUAUCAUGGCACUAGAAACAAUAGUUCAGGGUACGGUAUUGGUACACUUCAUGAUGUUUUAGCAACUUAUAUAAUGAGCAUACCACAGCACAUGCAAGGUUGGUACCACUGGAGAAAUUUUAGAUGAGCUUUAGAAGUGAUCAUUGCUUCUGUCUAUAUAUAUAUUAUUUUUUCAUUUUGUUCUCAGUUAAAGGGGAAUUCCGGUAUUUUUCAACCUGGACCCUAUUGCCAUCACCAUGCUUUUGUGUCUGAGUGAUUAAUUGGAAUAGCAAUUGUUGAGAUUGGUCCAGAAUUGUCCAGUGUGUGACAAUAUAAUGGAAAGGAUCCAUACAGAGGUCGAUGUCUUUGUUAAAGAGUAGCAUCCUUUUAAUAACAGAAACAGCCCCAAUAUCGUAAUCGUCAAACCCAUCAGACUCUACUUAAAUAAACUUUAUCAUCAUAAAACAUGCUUCAUUUAAAGCCACAGAAGCAAAAUAAAACUCACAAAAACUUAUCUUUCCACUGUUCAGAUAAUCACCACCUCUGGUUUGGUUGAAAUAAAUCUUUUAGCCUAGCAGGAGAAAUAGCUUCCUGUGCACCAACAUGACAUUUUUCUUAUAACAUGGUUUUUUGGGAUCCUAAUGGUGUGUAGUAAAGAUUUUUUCUUGUUGCCAUGGUCAACUCAUGGCCCAUGGGGUUUGUUUGGCGGCCAUCUUGAAUCGAUGUCCAAGCUAAUUACGAAAAAUGUAGAUUUUCAUCAACUGCGAUUCAAAAUAGCAGACGUUACAUUGUUAUGAGCCUAAAAUGUGUCAUUUACCUUUUUUAACCAAAAAAGAGAGGUAUGUUAAUGACCUUUCCAUUUGAUUCCUGGUGUUCAAAUUACAUGGAAAAAUGGGUUUAUUUGUCUUUGUAUCUUGUCUGGUUCAUACUCCUGCUAGACUACUUAAUUCACCCAGUUAGAUGUGAAAAUAAAAUGGCUUAAUACACACUUAAUAACCAUUUAUUUAAAUUGAGUCUGGUGGGUUUGGCGAUGGCCAUGUCAGGAAAGUUUCUGGUUAAACAAAAAGGAUUUUACUCUUUAGCAAAAAGGUCUAUCUCUGUAGGGAUCCUUUCCAUAAGUUGCCAUUACAUUGAAUAACAAUCUGAUCCUGUCAGUGGCAAAAACAAACACUUUUAGUGGACGUAACUCGAUAGUGUUCAAAUUCCCCCGAGUGCUAACAUUGCAGCGUGGUUUUGCUGCUGCUGACUGUAACAGUCUUGUUUAAUACUGAACAAAUUAAAAAAAAAAAAAAUUCCCAUUGUAGAACUUGGUCUGUGGCACUCGCUGCAAUAAAACAUAAUGUUUGACAAAAAUCGACAUUUCUUUUCAGUAGCAGUGCACCCAUUACCCUGGAUAAGACCUUGCAGUUUUUAUUAACCUACAUUUUAUCACAGAAAUAUUCUUAGUGAAACCUGUUUACAGCAAGUGUGUUAAAUAUCUAGAGUGACUGGGUCACUGCUCCUGAAAGGAGAUGUAGCUGCUGAAAUUUUUAAGGCUGUAAACACCAUACACGGAAUUUCAAUUCUGUCCGUUUUAUUGGAAUGGAGGCAGAAAUCUCAGUAUUGAUAUUUCAAAACUUGAACAAGUCAAACCACAAUCUGAAUGGAAAAAGUCAUACUAAGGGAGCGAAUAUGUUUUUCUGUUUCUCCACAAACCACCAUGAUUUACAAGCAGUAUUAUUGUUUGUGCCAGUGUUGCAAAUCAACUGGAUCACUUUCUGUUUUCCUCAGAGCCGAGCAACUACCAUGUUGUCUACAGUUACUCCAGUUGUUCCACCAUCAGGCAUUUCUGCUAACGGGGAUAGUAACUGCAAAGACCUUACAUCGCAGUCCAGUCCUACAGAAAUACGUGAAUGACCUCUUAACACCACAUUAUUACGUUGUGUUGAAAUGACAUGACUGCACCAUGGAAACAAGGCCAAAGGAAAAGUCAGUUAGGAUCUUGUCGUGGUGGGCACACAAGUAUCCUGGUUAAAUGACAUCAGGUGCGAGAUUUAUUGCACAAUCCUAUAGAUUGUUAAAAGAGCAACAAAGUCCACAUAGGAAGGAGGUCAGUUUGGUAGCCAUUAUUCAGGGGCGUAGCCAUUAUUUCAGAGGUGAGGGGGACAGAUGGUUCUGGAGUAAGGAAGGAACCAAACCCAAAUAACCAAAAACACCUGAUGACUAGGAAAAGAGGUCAUCUUUUAAUGUCAGCUAACCGUUAUCAGAAACCACGCAACUCAACUUACAUGGUUUGAUAUAAAGAAGGAGUGCAGGGUUUUCGUCCUCUUGCUAGCUUGUUCGCUGUACAUUUUUAUUCAAACGUAUUGUACUUCCAACUCGGUGCUUAGAGAGGGAACAGAGGGAGCAUCCCAGACGUCCCUCUCCCCAGCAACGCUUUCCAGCACCUCCUGAGGGACCCCAAGGCGUUCCCAGGCCAGAUA